AACGUCAACGAGCCAGUGAACAUUAAGCGGAGCAGACCAAAAUCCCAAACAAGGAAAUGGUGGGGGAAUAAAACGACCAGAUUAUUUAAUUAAUGCAUGUAAUAAUUAAUAUUUUAUUUUAUUGUAAAUUAAGACGUAUUUAUGGGUUAAAAUGGAUUACGACUUCAAAACAAAGCUGGCGGCCGAGAGAGAGAGAGUAGAAGAUCUGUUCGAAUAUGAAGGUUGCAAAGUGGGUCGAGGCACCUACGGGCACGUUUAUAAAGCUAAACGCAAAGACGGGAAAGAUGAGAAGGAGUAUGCACUGAAACAAAUAGAAGGCACUGGAAUAUCGAUGUCUGCCUGCAGGGAAAUCGCUCUGUUACGAGAACUGAAACACCCAAAUGUGAUCGCCCUGCAGAAAGUGUUCCUGUCCCACAGUGACAGAAAGGUUUGGCUCCUCUUCGACUACGCCGAACACGACCUUUGGCACAUCAUCAAGUUCCACCGCGCCUCUAAGGCCAACAAGAAGCCCAUGCAGCUGCCCCGAGGGAUGGUGAAGUCUCUCCUGUAUCAGAUUCUGGAUGGGAUCCAUUACCUCCAUGCCAACUGGGUGCUCCACAGGGAUCUGAAACCAGCGAACAUCCUGGUGAUGGGGGAAGGUCCUGAACGAGGAAGAGUUAAAAUCGCUGACAUGGGUUUCGCCAGACUCUUCAACUCUCCCCUCAAGCCACUGGCGGACCUUGAUCCCGUGGUGGUGACGUUCUGGUACAGGGCCCCUGAGCUUCUGCUGGGGGCGCGGCACUACACCAAAGCUAUCGAUAUUUGGGCAAUUGGCUGCAUCUUUGCGGAGCUGCUAACGUCCGAGCCCAUCUUUCACUGUCGCCAAGAAGACAUCAAAACCAGUAACCCCUUCCAUCAUGACCAGCUGGACAGGAUAUUCAGCGUCAUGGGUUUCCCUGCAGACAAGGACUGGGAAGACAUCAGGAAGAUGCCAGAGUACCCAACGCUGCAGAAAGACUUCAGGAGGACAACGUACGCAAACAGCAGCUUAAUCAAAUACAUGGAGAAGCAUAAAGUCAAACCAGACAGUAAAGUUUUUCUGUUGCUCCAGAAACUCCUCACCAUGGACCCCACCAAAAGAAUCACAUCAGAGCAGGCACUGCAGGACCCGUACUUCCUGGAGGACCCAUUACCGACCACUGAUGUCUUCGCUGGGUGUCAGAUCCCCUACCCAAAACGAGAGUUUCUAAAUGAAGACGAGCCUGAGGAGAAGACAGAAAAGAACCAGACCCAGCAGCACCAGCAGACGACAGGCCAAACUCAGGCCCAGAACCAGCAGCAGACGGCAGCCCAGCAGGCCCCCUCCCAGCAGAGCUCGGCCCAAACCAACGGCACCGCCGGAGCCACGGGGGGCACCGCCGGCGGGGGUAUGCAACACGGCCAGGACCAGGGUCCCCCCAACAAGAAGCCUCGGAUUGGGCCCUCUGGGGCCUCCUCAGGCACUGGGGUGCUACAGUCAGAAUACCAGCACUCCGGCCCCCGCCUUGGUUACCAAAGCAACGUCCAAGGUUCCACCCAGCCACAAAGCACCAUGGGAUACUCCUCGUCGUCCCAGCAAAGCUCCCAAUACUCCCACCAGACCCACCGUUACUGAGGCUCCCAGUCACUCCUGAACCAGCAGAGGGGUCAGCUCCUCCUCCUCCUCCUUCAGAGAGACGUCACCAUACACCCUUGGCUCCAUCCUGGUCGGACCUCCCUCCGUGCAUUACAUCAUUCCAACUCGACCAUCCUUCUUUUCAACCCUCCCUCGCCUCUAACCUCUUUCCCCCACAGCCUUUAAAGGCACUGGAACAUGAAGGCAAAUGAACAUAGGAACCAAAAAAAAGAAUCUAACAAGAAGUUGUGCCUCGUUGGGCUGGUGAACCGUUUUUAAAACAAGUGAAAAUAAUGUAAGAUAGGUGUGAAGGCGUCACACACAGACCUUGAACACUUACAAACGCAACCUUCUUCAGGAGGAAGAAUCGCAGCUGUGUUCAUAUAUGUACAUUAUAUAGCACCUUUUUCUAUUUGAGUUUUUUUCCUCUCUCACUUAUUUGCUAGAGUUUCCAAGUUUACCUUGAUAGUUGAUGUCAUUGUAAAUAUUGUUGCAUAUGGGAGCGAUCGGAUGAAACGAAACACAGGUGGAAAAGCCCUUUACUGUCAUCUCCAGUGGAUACCUUGGAUAAUCAAAAGAAAAAGAAAAAAGUUUGAGCUAACCCUGACCUGUUUCUACACAGAAAAAAAUCAGCUCUUCAGCUGAUGCAAUUGCAGGGAAAUAUUAAAUGCGCAAUUUAACUUAAUAUUCUUCUUAUAGGGUUUCUAUAUUUAGACCUGUCUUUAAAUAGAUUUGGAUUUGGAAAGUGAGAAGAGUAGUUGUCUUUUUACAGCUCUAAGUUGUAUAUAUUCUGAUUCACUCCGCUACCUUUAGAGAUAAGAAACAUUUGACAGCCCAGCUUUGUUUCCUCUGAUGACGCCUCUCGUUUGUGGCCAGCGGUCUUCUCGUCUGGGAGCUGCUGGUGGACACUUUGCUCUGACACCCAUCUUAUCGCGGACCCUCAAGACUUAUAAGGUUUCUGAACACGAACGUGCGCAUAAACGUACAGGGCAGCUAACAGUACGCUCACCCCCUAAUAUGCUUAUUGAGACUGUUACUGCCUGAUGUCAGAUUGUUUUUUUAAGGUUUUAAUGUUAUCAUUGUGAGAGUGUGUGUGUGAGUGUGUGUGUGUACAGUAUGUUUUUUAUGCAUGUUGUUUAUUCUUUUAGAACUGCACUGACUGCUGAACCGAUCUGCAAAGAGCUGAAACAAACGUGGGAUGAGUUUUGUCGUUCGAAGGCUCAUCCUCUCCCACUGCGACCCCGCUGGCCGAGCACUGAGCACACAGACAGCAGGUGCGUUCUUUAAUACAUGCCAAGGAGGCAGGAGCAAAAGUGAUCGACAUAAGUAUUGAUGUAAAUGUGCCGCGUGAAUCCUCAGUGCCUCUACAGAAAGUAUUAUUUUCUAUUUUGUCCUUUUCUAUCAUUUUAUACAGCGUAUACAGUAUAAUCACCUACCGGUGAUGUAAUUAAUAAGUCAAUCUGUGAGAAAGCCUUUAAAAGUAGAGGUGGAAGAAGUACACACAUUCUUUACUCAGGUAGAAGUACAAAUACUUGUGUAGAAAAAGACUUUGGUAAAAGUACUGAUUUACUUUAUUCAAGUAAGAAAAAUAAUAAUCAAUCAUUCCCUGAAAUGCAUUAAAACUCAGGUAAUAAGCCUGUUUUAAAUAAAGUAAAUUAGCUAUUCAAGUGAAGUACAGAUACCUGAAAGAACUACUUAACUACAGUGACAAAGUACUUAUAAAUGAUCUGUGGUGGAAUGUAACUAAGUACAUUUACUCAAGUGCUGCACUCAAAGGAAUAGCUCCACUUUAUAGGAAAUAUUCUUAUUCCCUUUUGACGAGAUGAGAAGAUUGAUGCUGUAUGCUCAGUAUGAAGCUACAGCCAGUUAGCUUAGCUUAGCUUAGCACGAAGCCUGCAAAGCUUGCCUGGGUCUGUCUGCCUGGGUCUGUCUGUUUCCAGUCUUUAUGCUAAGCUAAGCUUUACUUUACUUGAGUAUUUCAAUUUCAUGCUACUUUACAUUUAUACUCCACUACAUUUAUAUAAGAGAUUAAGUUACUAAUUCAUGUAUGAGGUUUUGAUACAAAACAUGAUUUAUCAAAUAAUAAAGCCCUUUUCCAGCUAUCCAGUUAUUUUAGGCUAUAGUUGACUCCUAACACAUUUAUUUAUUUAUUUUUUUAAAUGUGAAAGAAAGCCACAGGUGCACUAAGAAUAUUCUAGCCUAAUUUCAGGGCAAAUCCAUUUUUCUAAAAUCAAGUGUUAUUUUCAUACUUCUACUGCAGCGACUUACCUCAUACUUUCAUGAUGCAGUCAGUUCUUUGCACAGGUUUAUUUGUAGUAAAUAAACUAUCACGGCAAAAGAUUUGUUUGACUUGUCUUACAAAAAGAAGUUUUAGGACCCAGUUAUAGCCAGAAUUACUGCACCUCAAACAGUUGGAACAGCAAAAUGCUACUUACACAUUAAUGCAUCAAUAAUAAUAAUAAUCCAAUAAUAUGAUCUAACAGUAUGAAAUUGGCCAUUCUGCGGUGCUACUUUUACUACUUUAAGUAAAUCUAGCUGAAAAUAUUUUACUUUUACUUGUAAAGAGUAUGUUUACACUGUUGUAUGAUUAUUUUUACUUAGGUAAAGGACCAGUAUGCUUCAUCCACCACUGAGAAUAUUACAGACAACAUCCGACUUAGAACAAAUCUUCAAGGCCAAGCCUGAAAAUGAGGCUCACUUUCUACCCCCCCUUCCCCUUUUUAUUUCCCCACAACUUGCUCCAUCCUCACUGGUCCUGCUCGGUCACAUGACUGGCCGUCGUGCAGGUUGUAUUAAAGAAUGCACCCAAUGACUCCACUGUAACUGUUACUGCGUUUGCUCCACAGACGUGGGCACAGCAGCGUUGGGGGGAGCUGCAUUUGGCAGAUGUGUGGCCUGCAGUGGGAUUAGAAAACACUGACACCUUGUGGCUGAAAAGAGAACUGGACCCUGUAAAACUGCAAUUAUACAAGUUGUUAAAGCAAUUUUCACCAGAACGUGCAAACCAUGGGUGUUUUAGUGUAAAUCUGAUAUUAUUGUGUCCAGAGAUCCAGUCAUGUUUCACUGAGCGGCUUUGCUCUCAGUAAGACUGAUUAUUCAGAAGUGUGUCCUUAAGGCUUUUGGUUGUUGCAUUGAUACUAAAAUGUGCCUCAGUUCGAAGAAAGAGACUUUCUCUGAAAAAACCCCUCAGUGACUCCUCAGUGUGCCCCCAUGACUGGCUCUUUCUCUGCAGCAGCCAGGUGGAUUACAGUCCAAGCUCACUUCCAUCCAAACUGGAUCAUUUCUGCAAAAAGUUCUCAUUUUCAAUUCCUUUUCUUUUUAAAGUAAAAACAAACAUGCAGUUGGAGGAUCUUGUGGCAAGUGCAGAUGAGCUUUGCAGGAUUCAUGUCAAAUCACUUUAAUGUAAACACAACAUUACCAUAUUAUCACCUUACAGAGAGCUGAGGUCAUUGCAAGCUUAUAGUGUGCACCUGGGCUUUACUGUUCAUAUUGUAAAACAAAUCCAAACCUGCAGAUUUUCAAACUUUUAAUCUCAACUGUCUAUAAGCUAGGGAAAUAGUGUUUGUUAGAAACUGCUAAUAGUAGCUAAUAGCUAAAUAUUACAUAAACAACAAUAUACAGCAGUGCUCAAGACUGGACUGGACUGUAGUACUCAGACCCAAGACCGGACUCGAGUACUAUGGCACUGAUAUACAGAAGGAUGACAAUUUGACCACCAUUAUUUCAACAUAUGGAGUGAACCACACAUAUUUUUCUAUGUAGGAUUAUGUCGCAGGGCUGGAGUUUUAGUCGUUUGCGUUAUUACAAAAAUCUGUGAGUUUGAAGAAGUUUUCUUAUCCAAAAGUUCUGCUUUGGCUUCAGCUCUCUAUAAAAUUGAUACGGCUAAUGUAUCAGCUAAUUUAUUCUUGCAACAGGUAUACAUGGAAUAACAUGUAUUCUUUCUGGCCAUCUGAACAUGAGUCCAAUAUUCACUCUGCUUUUAGCUCUGGUUUGGUCUCCAACUCCUGAAUGUAAAUGUCUGGCUCUUUAGCUUCUAUAUAUUUCCUGAAGUACAGUAGCUAGAUGCUUACUUAGCAUGUCAGCCAUUUGGUGCUACACAGCUCGUUUUUCCUGAAAACAGCUUCCUACGGCUGUAAAUGAGGUCGAUAAGAGCGGAGUUUGUGGGCUUGAAAACCAAAACAAUGAGCUAAAAGAGUCUAAAAAGCCCAGAAGAUCUGAGGGGAACUGCAGAGUCGGGUGAUGAUUUUUUGUGGGUUUGUGACUGGAAGCCACCCCUUUUACAUUACGGGCAGUCAGUUGAUCAAUUGUUAAUGAAAACAAUAUUGAUUAGUUCAGCUUCAAAGACAAAUCCAAAAUCUGAUGUAGAUGAGCUGUUCACAGUGUACAUUGCUUUAGUUCCUUUGUUCGUUGUGUCUACUCGGCAGGCAGAUCCAGGGAGACGCAGUCUGUUCAGCUAGAAGUGAUGAUGGGGAUCAAAACCAGCAGCUAUUCAAAGGUUUUCUCCUCCCUUUAGUAUGUGUAUUUGAAGUAGCAGCGAGGAUACGUGAAGACGCUGUGUUGUAAAUUUCUCUCCACACAAGCGAGGUGUCACAAGUAUUACUGAGCGCAAGGCUCCAGCGGGAGACAAAUUACUGUCAAACAACUCCUAUGCAAAAAAAAGAAAAACAAAACCCAGAUUAAAGCUUUCACUUAGGUUGCUUAGGUUUUGCAGUUGACAGCUUUUUAUUAUGUUUUGAUGGGUGACGUGUUUUCAUUCCUUGUGUAAUAUUGAGUACAGUAGUUCAAGACAGCGCUCACUUAUGUCCUUUUUUCACAGCAUUUUGAAUUGUACUCUAAAUGAACUAUUGUAAAGAAAUGCAUAUAUAUGGAUAGUAUACAAUCAUAUUUAUUAUUUCCUUACAUCUAUGAAUAAUACCCAUUUGUAGAACUUUCCUCUGCCUUAACUAUAGUAGCUAUAGAAAGGGACCUCCGUCAGACGAAGCAGGCAUCACUAGACCGUGUUUCUUGUUAUGUUCGAGUAAUUUCCUCUCAAUGCGCUCACAUGAAAUUAUGUCUAGUUACUGAAUGUGUUAACGCCACCUCAAUGUACAGUAGAAUGAAGGCGACGCCACCGUUUGGGAUCACUCGCCGGCUUCUCGUGGUUGGUUUGUGUCACGCAGAUAUUCCACAGUGUCACUGUUUUUACAGGAAUGAUAAUGAUCCACGUUUUUAUUUGUGUGGAUGGUGCCUUUUUCUAGUCGUUCAUCUUCUGACGAUGUCAUGGGAAUUUGUUCAGGAUUUCUGUUUUUUUAUAUAUAUAUAUUAUUUUGAGUUGUUUGUAUUUUCACACCGCCUCUGUUAGCUCUUUGGGUCUAUGUCCUCUUUUUUUUCCUCAUUACUAUGUAGCAUAUUGUUAUUUACACAAUGUGGAAGCUAGCAGCUAUAUAUAUAUUAUUUCAGUUCAUUGUGUCUCAACUCUGAAGACUGCAAACAAUCCUGAUGGAGGAUUGGCUCUUGUUUUCUCCUCUAAUAGAUAUUGUCCUCACACAAUACUGAAGCGCAGUCAUAAGUAUGUUUUGAAAAUGCUGUACAUAAAAAACACAUUUUAAGAAUUUCUCAUUGAGAUAUUGACACGAUAAUUGUCUUUUAAUGCACUGUUGUUGCUCAGAUAUUUAGUGGUAAAUAAAAAAAAGUAUUUAAUGUUUUUUAAUGUCUUGCUUUAGACACUAAAGUUCUGGCAGUGCUAUGAAAGUUAUAUGGCAGAUGACGCUCAUCUGUGUGUGUAGAUAUGGACUGACACACAUUAGUACACGCCUAUAUGAAAUCUAGUGCACCUCUAGGCUGCUCUCUCCUUUUUGAUAGUAUUGCAUGUGCCUGUCUUUUCCAAUGGAGAAUGUAAGCACUUGUCGUCGCCCUCUCUCUCAGCAGUUUGUACAGACAGACAGACAGAUGCUCCAUCUGCAAGUCAGAGUCGAUGCCUUCAAUGCCCUUUGUGCCAUUCAAAUAACAAGCCUUGUUCGGCUUAUGUCACAAAAUGUGGUAACAAUAAUCCUCCCAUCAGAGCAUCUUCUCAUAAACGGUUCCCUGUUGUGGAAGAAAUUUAAUGUUGUGCUCUUACAGAAAACAAAAUCUUGUGAUUUAAACAUUUUUUAAAGGUGCUGUAAGUGAAAUCAACUUCUUGUCCCUACUUGCAGUUAGCGGUCCCCUCCUUCCUCCCCACAUCACCACUCUGAAACUCUGCUGCCUGCCUUUAAGGACCGCCUCUGCCUUUUCCCCCAAGGCAGUGAGGGCUGGUUUGGAGCCAGUUUCUAAUCUCAAACCAGUUAUUUACAUUUCAACAUCCAAAGAACCGGUUCUUGUCAGCAAAACAGGUUCCAACGCGGGACCAACACUUUGCUAGUUUAGAACCAAGAACCGCUUCCAACCAGCAGUAUAUUUAUUAGCUGUUACCACAGAUGUUAUAAAUGUAACAUUGAGCUAGCUGGCUAGCUAGUUAGCUGUUUGUCAGCUAACAUUGACUAAGCAAGACUGGCUACUAAUUUCUCUCAUUAGUGUUUAAUUUGUAACAUUAUUCAUAACUGUGAUGUAAUGCUCGAGGUUAGUAACACUGACGUGAGCAAUUAGCAGCGAUGCGUGCUUGGGUCAUGUUAGUUGACCAGCAGCUAGCUAGCUAGUGAGCUAGCAUAACCCUUGGUUACAAUAGCUAACAUUGGAGACGUGUACAGGGACGUAAUGACGUGGCUCUCUAGCAAACCGGUUCUUAGAAGUUUUUCGAGUUGAACCAACUCUGGACCGGCACCCAGAACUAGCCUAGGUUCUCAUUGGUGGAAAAAAGGUAUUUUGUGGAGUUCUCUCUGCUGAUUGGAUAAAGUGGGGACAGGAUACCAGAGAAUGUAUUCUGUUUACUGCAGGAAGGAGGGACUUAGAGACCCAUGUCACUGACUGAACACUAUAUAUCAGUGAUGGCUGUCGGAAUGUAGAGCUAUGUAACUCUUAUUUUAACAAACACCACUUACAGCAGCUUUAAUAGAUCUACAUGUACUUAACCCCCCUGAAGCUCUCAGUGAGAUGCAUCAGCAGGAUGCUUUGCAGAUUGGGGUGUCUGUCUACUCUUCUACAUUCUCCCUGUAUUAUAUGUAUGAAUGUGUGUGAGUGUGUUUGUAUGUGUGUGUGUGUGUGUGUGUGUGUGUGUGUGUGUGUGCAAAGGUUUGAAAUAAACGUAUGGCCUCAAUGUAUUGUCUUUUCAUAGCAUUUACAGAUAAGGCAGCAAUAGCUCAGCGCAGGAAAAUCAAAAAAAAGAAAAAGAAAACAUUUAUUUAGCUGCUUUUAGCAAACUUGUCCAAAUUUCACUGUAUAAAUGACUGUUAAAUGAGAAGAAAGUCAUGUAUAUUUAUUUUAUAUCCUCUAUUAUAAUAAAAAUCUCUUUUGUCUCAGUCA